GACCACCCGGGUGGAGCACGGACACUGAAGCUGACUGGACCUUGAAUUCUGGACAGGACCUUGAAUUUCAGCAAAGGACUUCCUUCAUGUUGGAUUAGUUUAGCUUUAGUUGGUUUGAUUAGAUUUUUGGUGGCAGCAUCUUGGGCCACAAGGUCAUAAAAUUUGGACUUUCUCUGUCCAUCCUUUUCUAUUCACUGCUGUGCCGGAAUUAAAUUCCUCCGUGAAUGCUGAGGUUGGUGGGUGACCCCCAGAAGAGAGGAAGUGAAGUGGUAACCAUGUGGAUCCCGACCCCCAGCAUGACUCUCCCUCAGCGGGUGGUGCUGUAUGGGACGUGUGUUGUGGCAUUGAUGAACUCCGUGGGCCUUCUGGUGCUCCUGGUCCAGCAGAAUCAGCAACGUACCUGGCUGGAGCAGACAGAUGCAAGGCUGACAGAGGUGGAGCAGAGCUCUGUGGUUGAGUUCCUCCAGGAGGUGCCAAGAGGAGCGGCUGGGAUGCGAAAGAGUGCAGGAGAGGACCCGCAGUACCAGUACCAAUACCAGUACUCCAGGAAUAAGAGAAGUCAACAGCUGGAGAAGGGGCUGAUGCAGGAGCUUCACCACGGGGAGGGAGAGGAGCACCAUCAGCAGGAGGUCAGCCAGGAAGUGGGAGAGGAGAUGGAGAAGAAGAUGAAGCAUGAUCUGAAGCACAAGCACCGACACAGCCAGAGUUACCACAAGGCUCAUGUGCAGGACGACAUGAUGAUGAUGAUGACUUACUCCAUGGUCCCGAUCAAAUUGUUGAUUGACAUUUGCAACAGCACCAAGGGAGUCUGCAUAGCUGGACCUCCAGGACCGCCUGGUUUGCCUGGUGUGGAUGGUAUGCCCGGCCACAAUGGGACUGAUGGAGUGAAUGGACUGCCUGGGGCUGAUGGGAAAAAAGGAAAGAAAGGUGACAAAGGAGACCCGGGUGAACGAGGAGAGCGUGGAGAGUCCGGUCUGCCUGGAGAGAAUGGACAGCCAUCUAAUGAUGUCAUUAUCGAGGGGCCUCCUGGUCCUCCUGGUCCUCCGGGACCUCCUGGGCUCAUGGGCCCUCCCGGACCUCCUGGGCCUCAGGGACCUCCCAGAACAAGGCACCACAGAGCCAACCUUCAGGCUGCUCAGACUAUGGGGCUGUUACAGGCAAUCCCAAAUGAUGAAACAUCAUUGCUAAAGGAGGCCAUGAAACUACAUUUGAAGCCUGCUAAGAAGAACGAGUGCCUGAUUAAAUCUCUGAUCAACCCCAGGAACAUGACAAAGAUGGAGACCACAUUCGGAGCAUGGAUGAAAGACACCGCUCGGCUGAACGAUGAGCGAAUAUGGGUGGCAGAACACUUUUCUGGUCGUAUGGUGAAGGCGUAUAAUAGCAUCGGCUCCUUUCAGAACGGCAGCAGUGACAUGGUGGACGUUAGAAAGUUCUACCAAGGCUGCGGCCACGCUGUUCACAACGGCUCCUUCUAUUAUCACAUCGCCGGCACAUCCAACAUUGCCAAAUAUGACUUUCAAACCAGGAGGCUUCACACUCUUCCUAUAAACAACGCUUUGUACCACAACUUCGGCUACCUGCUCCACAACUCCAAGACCUACUUCAAAAUGGCAGCAGAUGAGAACGGCUUGUGGCUGAUCUUUGCCUCAAGUGUGGAUGAGAGCAUCAUGGUGGGCCAGCUUGACCAGAAGACCUUCUCUAUCACCUCCUACAUAAACACCACCUACCCACGCACCAAGGCGGGUAAUGCCUUCAUCGCCUGUGGAGUCCUGUAUGUCACAGACACCAAAGACACCAGAGUCACCUUCGCUUACGACCUGCUGAAGGGUAAACCGGUCAAUGUGACCUUUGAUUUGAGGCCUCCGGGUGGUGUGCUGGCGAUGCUUUCCUACAGCCCCAAAGACAGACACCUGUACGUGUGGGACCACAGCUACGUCAGGCUCUACGUCGUCCACUUCAUCUCUGAUGAGUGAGAAACUUACUGUCUGAACGUGACAGACAACAAGCAGACAUGACUAUUACAUAGUGAGAGUAAGAAACGAUUUACCCCAUCUUUGGAAAUUGGUAUAAAAAUAUUUAGAUUUUCAACUUUAUUGUCCAGUAGAGCGUUCCUGUCAGAUGAAGCUGGAAUUAUUAUUUUUUUAAAAUCACUGUCAAUUGUCAAAAAUAAUUACUGCUGUAUUUAUUUGUGAUGUACAUGUGAGAUUUCAGAGGUACUAAUGGUGUGAACUUCUUUUUUUAUCAUUUUGUAUCAAACAAUUUACACAAAUUGAACUUAUAACUCAACUUUUGUGUAUGUUUGUGUUGUAAGUUGUUAAGAUUAUUUAGCGUAUUUGCAUGGCAGUUUAUCUUUUAUGUAUUUUUAUAUAGAUGUACAUGUCAUACCACCUGACAUCGUGUCCAUAAUAGACAGUCCACCUGCCGGCGUAUGAAUGGAGUAGCGUCGUCUCCGGUUGAUUAUUCCAC